AUGUAUCAUGCCUAUUCUCCUACCAACUUUUUAAGCCGCGAACUAUCAACAGAUGACAUAACUGAUUUGUUCAUGGCUACAUCAGUCGUUAAAACAGUUGAAUUCUAUUUAUUCCAUCGCAUCGGUGAUAUGCGAAUUGAACAUGCUAAAACUGACGAAGGAUUGACAAUCGUUUCAACAACAAUCGAUUUUACGGCAAACAUGUACGAUGUUUUUCAUUCCUAUUUGAUUUCAGUCGAAGUAUAUACCUGUAUCGUCUGGCUUCAUUCAGAUAGGCAAGAAGGGGUGGACUAUGGCGAAAUCCAAGGACGAUUGUAUUCCAUCGUUGAUAAGUCACAUGUGUUGCAUGACGUUGAUCAAGGCGUAGAUUUUAUUCAAGAGAAUACAACAAAUGAAAUGAUGUUUAUUGUACCAAGUGAAUUAGCGUCAGUGAUCGUGCCGGUUGUCCAUAAACAAGAACAUCUUAUCUCCGUUUAUGUGUUGUUUGGAGAAGACAAAACUUGA